AUGGGCGUGAUGCUGGUGAUGGUGGUGAUUUCACACCAGCAGCGGGAGCUUACAGUAAAGCAUUUUCCCUUUGUGAGUGCUCGCGGGUGCUUUGUGGUGACCCUGGGCUCCAAAGCACCAGAGAUGCUGUGUGUGAAAGACAGUGGCCUAAAGCCUGAGGUGUCUCAGCGGUACAAGGACACAGCGAAUGCCAAGGGAACCAUCCGGGAAAUUGUCCUGCCCAAGGGCCUGGACCUCGACCGGCCCAAGAGGACCCGCACGUCCUUCACGGCGGAGCAGCUGUACCGCCUGGAGACGGAGUUCCAGCGCUGCCAGUAUGUGGUGGGCCGGGAGCGCACGGAGCUGGCGCGUCAGCUGAACCUCUCCGAGACCCAGGUAAAGGUCUGGUUCCAGAAUCGACGCACCAAGCAGAAGAAGGACCAGAGCAGAGACCUGGAGAAGCGGGCAUGCUCCUCUGCCUCCGAGGCCUUUGCCACCUCCAAUGUUCUGCGGCUUCUGGAACAGGGCCGGCUGCUCUCCGUCCCCAGGGCUCCCAGCCUCCUGGCACUGACCCCUGGCCUUCCAGGUCUUCCCACCGGCCACAGGGGCACCUCCUUGGGUGACCCCAGGAACUCCUGCCCACGCCUCAAUCCAAUGCCCUCAGCCUCGGUGGAGUCCCCUCUGCCACCCCCUCUGCCAGCCAUCUGCUUUUCCACAGCUCCGCUCCUGGACUUGCCUGCCAGCUAUAAACUGGGGUCCUCGGCUUUUGAGCCCUACAGCAGGCUAGAACAACAGAAAGUAGGCAGCCCUGGCCAAAGUGACAAGAAAGAUGACAUUUAAGAGUCCCAUCCCUGUGUGACACCGCGUCCCCAGCACAGCACUACCCCAACCUCCUGGCCCCUGUGGACUAUACGGAGCAGGCCUGGAAGAGGAAGGGUGGGCACAGCAUGCGCCUCUCACCUGCCCUCAGCUCAGAGACUGAACCAAAUGUCUUUGGUCCCAAUGUACUCUGAUGAGUGAGUGCCAUGUCUGUGUGUGUGUGUGUGUGUGUGUGUG